AUGGGAAAAGUUGGCGCCGGCGGCGGCUCCCCAGCCGGGCUGAGCGCGCUCCUCGCCGGCGCGGGGCUCUUAGUCCUCUGCGCCCCGGGCGCCUGCGGCGGCGGCUCCUGCGGUCCCCCGCUGCACCCCAGCUCGGCCCCACGCUGGGCUCCGACCCGAGGGGGGCUUACUCACCUGCGGCCGCGAGGCAGGGCUCCUGCCACGCCCCUGCUCGGACGCCCCCUGUUUGCAGUGGCCGCCGGAGACCGAGCGCUGUCCCUGGAGCGGGCCCCGGGCACUGGGGCGUCGGUGGCGAUUGCUCCACGCUCUGACCGGAGGAGACGGAGUGGAGAGGAUCAAGAGAAGGCAGAACGGGGAGAGGGCACGAGAAGACGCCCCCGGGGAGUGCUAAGGGACAGAGGGCAGCAGGAGCCUGGGACUCUGGAGCGGGACCCGGACAAAGCCACUCGCUUCCGGCUGGAGGAGCUGAAACUGACCAGCACUACGUUCGCGCUGACAGGAGACUCAGCACACAACCAAGCCAUGGUCCACUGGUCUGGCCACAACAGCAGCGUGAUUCUCAUUUUGACAAAGCUCUAUGACUAUAACCUGGGGAGCAUCACGGAGAGCUCGCUUUGGAGGUCAACCGAUUACGGGACAACCUAUGAGAAGCUGAAUGAUAAAGUUGGGUUGAAAACAAUUUUAAGCUAUCUCUACGUGUGUCCUACCAACAAGCGUAAGAUUAUGUUGCUCACAGACCCGGAGAUUGAGAGCAGUUUACUGAUCAGCUCGGACGAAGGGGCAACCUAUCAGAAGUACCGGCUGAACUUUUACAUCCAGAGCUUACUUUUCCACCCCAAGCAAGAGGACUGGAUUCUGGCUUACAGCCAAGACCAAAAGUUAUACAGUUCUGCUGAAUUUGGGAGAAGGUGGCAGCUUAUCCAGGAAGGGGUCAUACCGAACAGGUUCUACUGGUCUGUGAUGGGGUCGAACAAGGAACCAGAUCUUGUGCAUCUCGAGGCCAGAACUGUGGAUGGUCAUUCACAAUACCUAACCUGCGGAAUGCAGAACUGCACAGAGGCCAGCAGAAACAAACCUUUCCCAGGCUACAUUGACCCAGACUCUUUGAUUGUCCAGGAUGAUUAUGUGUUUGUUCAGCUGACAUCAGGAGGACGGCCACACUACUACGUUUCCUACCGAAGGAAUGCGUUUGCCCAAAUGAAGCUGCCCAAAUAUGCUUUGCCCAAGGACAUGCAUGUUAUCAGCACUGAUGAGAACCAAGUGUUCGCAGCGGUCCAAGAAUGGAACCAAAACGACACAUACAACCUCUACAUCUCAGACACCCGUGGUGUCUACUUCACUCUGGCCUUGGAGAAUGUCCAGAGCAGCAGAGGCCCUGAGGGCAACGUCAUGAUCGACCUCUAUGAGGUAGCAGGGAUAAAGGGAAUGUUCUUGGCUAACAAGAAGAUUGACAACCAAGUGAAGACUUUCAUCACGUACAACAAAGGCAGAGACUGGCAUUUGCUGCAGGCCCCGGACACGGACCUAAGGGGGGACCCUGUGCACUGCUUGCUGCCCUAUUGCUCACUACACCUUCACCUUAAGGUCUCUGAGAAUCCCUACACAUCAGGGAUCAUUGCCAGCCGAGACACAGCUCCCAGCAUCAUAGUGGCUUCAGGAAACAUAGGUUCUGAGCUGUCAGACAGCGACAUCAGCAUGUUUGUCUCUUCAGAUGCAGGGAACACUUGGAGGCAGAUCUUUGAAGAAGAGCACAGUGUUUUGUAUCUGGAUCAAGGUGGAGUCCUGGUUGCUAUGAAGCAUACGUCUCUCCCGAUUCGACAUCUCUGGUUAAGUUUUGAUGAAGGGAGAUCUUGGAGCAAAUACAGUUUCACAUCUAUUCCACUUUUUGUGGAUGGAGUUCUGGGUGAGCCUGGGGAAGAGACUCUAAUCAUGACAGUGUUUGGACACUUCAGCCACCGCUCUGAAUGGCAGCUGGUCAAAGUGGACUACAAGUCCAUUUUCGAUAGACGCUGUGCUGAGGAAGACUACAGACCCUGGCAGCUGCACAGCCAGGGGGAAGCAUGCAUCAUGGGAGCAAAAAGGAUAUAUAAGAAGAGAAAAUCAGAGCGGAAAUGUAUGCAAGGGAAAUAUGCAGGAGCUAUGGAGUCUGAACCCUGUGUCUGCACAGAGGCUGAUUUUGACUGUGACUAUGGUUAUGAGCGACACAGCAAUGGUCAGUGCCUGCCAGCCUUUUGGUUCAAUCCAUCUUCUCUGUCGAAGGACUGCAGCUUGGGACAGAGUUACCUCAAUAGUACUGGGUAUAGAAAGGUGGUUUCCAAUAACUGCACUGAUGGGGUGAGAGAACAGUACACGGCCAAACCACAGAAGUGCCCAGGGAAGGCCCCGCGGGGGCUCCGGAUCGUCACUGCUGAUGGAAAGCUGACAGCGGAACAAGGGCACAAUGUUACUCUCGUGGUGCAGCUGGAAGAGGGUGACGUCCAGAGGACAUUCAUCCAAGUGGACUUCGGGGAUGGCAUCGCAGUGUCUUAUGUCAACCUCAGCUCCAUGGAAGAUGGGAUCAAACACGUCUAUCACAAUGUGGGCAUUUUCCGAGUGACCGUGCAGGUGGACAACAGUCUGGGGUCUGACAGCGCCGUCCUGUACUUACAUGUAACUUGUCCCCUGGAGCAUGUACACCUGUCUCUUCCCUUCGUCACCACGAAGAACAAAGAGGUCAACGCGACUGCGGUGUUGUGGCCCAGCCAAGUGGGCACGCUCACUUACGUGUGGUGGUACGGAAAUAACACUGAGCCCCUGAUCACCUUGGAGGGAAGCAUAUCAUUCAAGUUUACUUCUGAAGGGAUGAACACCAUCACAGUGCAAGUCUCAGCUGGGAAUGCCAUCCUGCAGGACACGAAGACCAUCGCAGUGUACGAGGAAUUCCGAUCUCUUCGCCUGUCCUUUUCUCCAAACCUGGACGACUACAACCCGGACAUCCCUGAGUGGAGGAGAGACAUCAGCCGAGUCAUCAAAAAGUCCCUGGUGGAGGCCACCGCGGUUCCGGGCCAGCACAUCUUGGUGGCGGUGCUCCCUGGCUUACCCACCGCUGCCGAGCUCUUUGUCUUGCCCUAUCAGGAUCCCACAGGAGAAAACAAAAGGUCAGCCGAGGACCUGGAGCAGAUAUCAGAACUGCUGAUUCACAAGCUCAACCUGAACUCCGUGCACUUUGAGUUGAAGCCUGGAGUCCAAGUCCUUGUCCACGCGGCUCACUUAACAGCAGCCCCGCUGGUGGACCUCACUCCAACCCAUAGUGGCUCCGCCAUGCUGAUGCUGCUGUCCGUGGUGUUUGUGGGGCUGGCGGUGUUCGUCAUCUACAAGUUCAAAAGGUGCCUUUUCCUACUCCUGCCCUGUGUAGAAAACAGAAUCCCAGUUACCCGCAUUCUUACCUUCCCAUUUGUUUGCUCUCCACGCGUGGUCGUGAUCUGUCAAUGUCUUUGUGUCUCUUCCUUCCAGUCCCCAAGUUAUCCUUCAACUGCUCCUGCCUUUUCUUCCCAAACAUGUUGCUAGAUUCUGGCCAUUCAUCCUGAUGUUCUUUAAAUAGUAGCCUCGCCUCUGGCAACCCUGCCUCCACCACCCAAAGCUAAUGAUCUCUCUGUCAACUUUGCACACGCCCAUGCAUGCAGCCUACAUACACACUGACCAAGCAGCAUCCUGCCCUGCAGGGUUUAGCUUCAUGUAUUUUUUUUUUUUUUUUUUGUAUCCUCCUGUAGACCUGCCUCUUCCAAAUAUCCUUGCCUUUCCCCCCUGGAAACAUAUAAUGUGUGUGAAAGAGUUGAGAUAUGCAAAGCAAUUCAAACCUGGCCCAUGUACCUUAGAAAAGAAAGCAUACAGAUGAAUAGUGGUUUUGUCACACCUUAACAAAAAUCUCCUGCAGUCAGAUUCCAGAAGAUUCUUGUGAGAAAUGUUUUGAACGUGUUACUAUGUGGCAGGGCAAUUUCCUCCUGUGAUGGUUGCUAUUACCCAGUAUUUCCCCUCUCACAGUAGAGUGAAAAUAUUUGUAAAAUGAAACCGAUGUUAAGCAGAAGAAGAAGCAGGUUAAUGGAUUUGAUGUUUGAGUGUCAAAAAGUCUUAAGAUUAUACGGAGGUCUUGUCUUAUAUUAGGAUGGGAUUGUGAUUAUUGUAAGAUGACCCUAGACUUCUUGCAUGUGUGCUCUCUGAUCUCUGAGCAUAGUAUCAGCAAAGGAAAAUUUAAUAAGCAUAAAGGGGAGGAGUUAUCAGACUCAAGCAGGUGGGCUCAAAGCAUGAAGAAAUCCCAGUUCUCCCAGGGCCAUCAUGAAAGAAGGUCCAGAGAAAGAGGGAAACAAAAGUAUGUGAAGCAGGAGCCCUUGGAGUAUUAUGGAUUGGAUAAAGCCCUCUCUGAAAUGUAGGAGAAAGUGGUUUCAAAAGACCUCAGAGUGUAGCCUCCUACUUGGCCAUGUCCCCAGGCCAGCGUCAGGGUAUCGCAGGGCCCUGGGGACAAUGGGGGUGCCCUAAAGAUCCUGACAACCACUGCCCUUGUGUAGCUCAAGUAGGGGAAGAGUGGCAACACUUCAGUCAGAAGUUAAUCAAGCAGAAUAUUUUAUGGCUGGAGAUGCUCGGUAUGAAUCUGGGAGACGGAUUCUGCCUAAGGCAGCCGUCUAUUUGUAGAACUCAAAUGAUCCUCAACCUGCCAGGCUUCCUAUCCCAUGGGAAACAUCCUCAUUGAAUCUCUUCAGUUGGAGCCUCCCAAAUUGUAUCUGGAAAACAGAGUGUUUGGAAACCAAAAGAGGCUCAUUCACGACAGUACAGGGAGUCCUCAGAGUUGCAGUUCAAUAAUUUUCAUUGUUAAACUAUGAAAAAGGGAAUAACACUCAAUCUAGCACAGUGCCUUGCCUAGAGUAGGUAUUAAGAAAGUUAUUUGCUGAAAGAAGAAAUGAAUGAAUACAUGAGAAGACAUAGCGAAGAAGGGCUUGUAGGUCCUAACCUAAAACAGAGGUGGACAUGAGAUGCCUGGCGUUUUGGAAGGUGAUCAGAGAUGGCUGGUUCUACAUUCAGCAUCUCCAGGGUCCUCAUGUGCCUCUCCUCAGAGCUCCCUCCCACCUGUGGGAGACUAGUGAGGCCAAGUACUGCUCAGAGGGGACCUUAUUAUUCUUAUGAUCUAGCUCGUUUCUCAAAGCAUGGUACCCAGACCAGCAGUAUCAGCAUCACCUCGGACUUGUUAGAAACACAGAUUUUGGGUCCCACUGACCCCAGACCUACUGAAUUAGAAACUCCAGGGUUGGGGCCCAGCAAUCUGUUUUUACAAGCUCUUCGGGUGAUUGUGAAAUACACUAAAGUUUGAGAACCACUGUACUAGGCCAUGCCAGCUCAAUCCCGAAGAGAAGGUAGUAAUGAGAAGCUGCCAGUGGGAGGGACCCAAGUGCCUACCUACUCAACAACAGCAGGUGCAGACACAAUGAGGAGUUUGGUAGGCUUGAGGCCAGAGGAAUGGGUGGGGAGGGAUGGAUGGGGAAGGUAAGAUUCAGGGCAAGCUACAAAUCUGAUAUUGCAAUGUUUUCCAAAAUCCCAGAAGGCAAACUGCGUGCUCUACCCUGAACGACCCAACCAACGUUUUCUCCUUUGCCUUAUUUUUGAUUGGAUUCACUGUCCAAAAUGCAGAGGUUUGCUUUGCUUUUUUUCAGAAGUUCCAAACAGCAACUUUGAGAGGAAUGGGGUGCUUGGCAGCUGUGUUUUCCAGGAUUCCAACUGAGCAUUGAAAUUCCCCCAUUUGCCAACUUAUUUUUAUAGGAAGCCAAUUAAAAAAAAAAAAAAAAAGAACGUUUUCUUAUAGUAUUGAACUACUUCUAAUUUUAAAAUGACUUUUUUGAUGUAUUUUUUGUUAAAUACUAUGUAGUGUAAUGUAUAAUUGCUCUUGUUUAUUGCUUUUACAGUCAUAUUUAUUAAACAGAUAAUGUCUCUGAA